AUGUCAUCAGUGGCUGAACGAAUCGGUGUUUCAAAAGCUGAACUUUUGGACCCGACCUCAUCAGAUGCUGCUGUCAAGCAGGCUCAUGCCGAAACACACGUAAUUCAAGAGACAAAAGCUUACUUCAAAGCAAAUGGCGUCAAUCUUGAUGCGUUCAAGCAACGGGAGCGCGGGAACACAGCGAUUUUGAUCAAGAACUUUUCGUAUGGCACGAAAGCCGACGAUCUCAGCAAACUACUUGAACCUUUCGGACAGCCUUCUCGGCUAUUGAUGCCUCCCAGCGGUACGAUAGCUAUCGCAGAGUUUGCACGACCGGACGAAGCGCAGAAAGCCUUCAAAGGCCUGGCUUAUCGCAAACUCGGAGACUCCAUUCUCUUCCUAGAGAAGGCGCCGAAAGACCUGUUUGACGCCAACGUUUCCCCACAAAAGCCGCUCCCAGAAGCCAAGGCUGUCUCGCAAGGGUUCUCAACAGCGGAUACAUUUGCAGCUGAUGAGCAAGCCGAGGAAAACAUUGUCACCGCGACGCUGUUUGUCAAGAAUCUCAACUUUUCUACAACUAAUCAGUCUUUGGUCGAAGCAUUCCGGCCGCUGGAUGGCUUCAUCUCUGCUAGAAUCAAGACAAAACCUGACCCUAAGAACCCAGGCCAAACCCUCAGCAUGGGCUUCGGCUUUGUCGAUUUCAAGUCGAACGCUCAGGCCCAGGCUGCCUUGGCUGUCAUGAAUGGCUAUACCCUCGAUCGACACUCACUGGUUGUAAGAGCAUCCCAUAAAGGUAUGGAUGCAGCGGAGGAACGGAGACGGGAAGACACAGCAAAGAAGAUUGCUGCACGAAGGACCAAGAUCAUCAUCAAGAACUUGCCAUUCCAGGCUACGAAGAAGGAUAUCAGGUCACUAUUCGGGGCAUAUGGCCAGCUACGCUCUGUGCGUGUUCCUCAGAAGUUUGACAGGUCUGCUCGUGGGUUCGGUUUUGCCGAUUUUGUAAGCGCUCGCGAAGCGGAGAAUGCCAUGGACGCGCUGAAGAACACGCAUUUGCUUGGCCGAAGAUUAGUCUUGGAAUUCGCCAACGAGGAGGCGAUCGAUGCUGAAGACGAGAUCAAGAGGAUCGAGAAGAAGGUAGGGGAGCAGCUGGACAGGGUCAAGCUCCAGAAGCUCACGGGAGCCGGGCGGAAGAAAUUCACCGUAGGGGCCCAGGACGAAGAAAGCUAG